CCGACCGCAGUCUGUAUCUAGAAGACAUGAAUUUGCACGGUUUUGCUCCUCGAUGUUUCCCAAGCCCUGCACUUGGGCAUCUUCUGCUAGGUCAUUCAAUCAGUAACGAUACACGUUAUGGCGAGCAACAACAGUUCGGCGAACGGACUGGAUCCGUUCAGCUUUCACAGCAACGAGGUGAACCCCAAUACCGCUGCGCCAGUUGACAUCUCGUCCACCAGUGCUCCCACGAAUACAGCCAGCUUUGGCAGUUGGCGACAAGGACUGGGCUCUUGGACCAUGGCUUCGCCAAUCGCUGCACAGGCUAUCGCCCAGGACGCUGAGGAGAAUCCGUCGUCUCCUUCCGAGUCCGAGUCAGAGUCCGAUGCUUCCACUGUGCGGCCCAUUGGAACCCAUAGCAUGUCAACUGCAUAUCGGAGACCCAGCUUCUUUGCCACUGGAUCACGUGGCACUGUGCUAAGCGGGCAGAUCAUUGGAGAAACCGUUCAUCUGAGUCGGCAGGAGCGCGAGAGGAUGAGAGAGGAAGAGAGGAGCCUGCUGAGGGACAAUGCUUUAAUACCGCCAAAGCAUCCUAGACAUCGGGCCAGUGAGGACAAUAUCGGGUCAAGGCUUCAGAAGAAGUUCAGCCUCGGAGGUGGAUUGAGGAAGACGAAGAGUCAGGGACAGAGCGGGGAUGUCGAGGCGGGAAUUCCGAACAUCAGGAUCAGUAAUGACGAGAACGGCGAACCUGUGAACGAAAGUUCCGCUCUACUGGGCAGAGAUCCACAUGCCAGUUACGGUGGAGAGGCUAGUCCGAAGAACAUCGAUAGGAGGUGGGAGGAAGCGGUCACGAAAGGCAUGAUACAUACCACUUGGCAGAGAGAGGCCAAAGUCCUGGGUAGAUACUCGCGCAGCCUGAUUCUCACGUUCAUACUGCAGUACUCGCUGACCAUGGCUUCGAUCUUCACUGUUGGGCAUAUCGGAAAGGUCGAGCUUGGAGCGGUCAGUUUGGCAAGCAUGACGGCCAACAUCACGGGUUACGCGGUGUACCAAGGCCUGGCUACGAGUCUGGACACGCUCUGUGCGCAGGCGUUUGGCAGCGGGAGAAAGACGCUUGUGGGGCUCCAGCUUCAGAGAAUGGUCUACUUCUUGUGGUUCGUGACGAUUCCAAUCGGCAUCGUAUGGCUGGCUGGUACGGCCAUCCUUUCCGCCAUCGUCCCCGAAAAGGAAACCGCACGACUCGCCGGGCUAUACCUCAAGAUCAUCUUGCUAGGCGCUCCUGGUUACGCUGCAUUCGAGUCGGGCAAGCGCUUCGUUCAGGCGCAGGGCUUGUUUCACGUGAACUUGUACGUGCUUCUCGUCUGCGCUCCGCUGAACGCUCUGAUGAACUACGUCUUCGUCUGGCGUUUGGGCUGGGGCUUCGUGGGUGCACCGAUCGCCGUCGCCAUCAUCGACAAUCUGCUGCCGCUUGUUCUUUUCUUGUACGUGUACUUCGUGGACGGCAAGCAAUGCUGGGGUGGCUUCUCCAGGAAUGCGUUCAAGAACUGGGUCCCCAUGGUCCGUCUUGCACUGCCCGGUCUGGUCAUGGUUCUCGCUGAGUUUCUCGCUUUCGAGAUCCUGACGCUGGCCGCCAGUUGGAUCGGAAGCACGCACCUCGCCGCGCAGAGCGUGCUCAGCACGAUCACCGCUCUCACCUUCCAAAUCCCGUUCCCCAUCUCGAUUGCCGCGUCAACCCGGAUAGCGAAUCUGAUUGGUGCCACGUUAUCUGAACCGGCAAAGAUGGCCGCCAAGGUCGCCGUAGUCGUGGCAGUAUUCGUCGGCAUACUGAACGUCACGUUACUGAGCAGUCUACGAUCAUAUAUUCCUCUACUUUUCACCAAUGACAAGGACGUGCAGAAGUUGGUGGCGGAUAUUCUGCCUUUAUGCGCGGCCUUCCAGCUGUUUGACGCGCUCGCUGCGUGCUGCAAUGGAAUUUUACGCGGACUUGGGAGACAAGAGAUUGGCGGUUACGUCAACCUGUUUGCCUACUAUGCUGUCGCGUUGCCUAUUUCCUUUGCUACAGGCUUCGGCUUGGGCUGGGGCCUGAUUGGCUUGUGGAUUGGUCCUGCCAUUGGCUUGGGAUUGGUCUUCGCAAUCGAAGCAUACUUCAUUCGCAGAACAUCUUGGGAGCAAGCCGUCGAAGAAGCGAGAAAGAGGAACGUAAUGGGCUGAGGAAUAAGACAGAUUCGCCAGAGAUUGAUUUCACGGCUGCUGAGAGCAAAGGCAUCCUCAGGAUCUCACAACCUGAGCGUUCUAGCGACUCCGGCAUCUUUGAAGUGCUCACCACGUAGAUGUUUAGACUUCAAGUAGCGCCAAAUACCCAUCUCUCGCGGUUCAUCCCCUUGGCAACCAGUACAGAAAUUUUUCCUUCUCCCCUCCUAUGCGUUUACGUCCAC